AAGACAGGAUUGCUUCUACAGUUUACUGUGGGUGUACACAAAUUGGCAGAACUCAGCAGAACUGAGACCCUUUGCAUAUACUCGAAGCCAUCCAGUAUGCUUUUAUUUUUGAUUUUUUUGGGGGGGAAGAGGGGCUGUAAAAGACAUCACUACUACAGCAGAUCGUCGGAGUGUUCACUUCAGGAAUGUAAUGCAGAUUAUUUCCACAACCUCUUCCACAGUGAAGCCCUUAGAUACUGUUAAGAUGUGUUGAUAAAAACUGCACCAACUGUUUCAUUGAUGGCCUUGGAACACAUGAGGGUUGGGUUAGAGUGUCUAGUCAUAUGUAACUCACCCAGUGCUUCUCUCUCCCUCCCUCCCUCCCUCCCUCUCUCUCUCUCUCUCUCUCUCUCUCUCUGUGUGUGUGUGUGUCUGCUGAUACUCACCAUGAAGUUGCUGCAGUAAGUGCCAUGCUUCGAACAUUUGGGGGGUAAGUGCUGGUACUCGGUACCAUUGAGUACCCCCAGAAGAAAGCAUUGCCUGCACUGCACUAGUCCUCACCUGGCAUGCCCCCAGGUCCUUCAAUUUGCAAGCAAAAUCCUCUUUUCCUUCACAGGGGGCUUCUGUUUAUUUCUAGGCUAGGUCCAGAACUUGCUGCCAAACAGGUGAUUUUAACUAUGUUCUGGAAAUUCAUUUAUGCUCGCUGGAAUAUACAGUACCAGCCCAAACUCCAGUGGUAGUAGAAUUUUGUUCCACUCUUACUGAUGACUGGAAGAUGAAUCUGGGGAACAUAUGAUUGCAAAGGUUAUGCAAAGUUGGAACCCCAUGCCUUGCCACAAACAGUAGUUAUUCUGCUGGUGUUCUAUGUGAAAGGAAAUAACUGAAACAUUGGGAAACAAAUUACAUAUGUUUCUAGACCUGCUUGGAAACUUUCAUAUGUUUAUAUAACAGAGCCAUUCUAAUUGUGACUGUUUUGCAAGUGAAUGGAUGUGGAUCAGUGUACCAGGCCCUUAGAUCUCUUGUCCUUAAAAUGCUUCUGUGAAAUGAGGUCUGUAUCUGUUAAUAAUGUUUAACCUUUCUAAAGUGGCAUCUUAGAUUAAAACAUGGGUGUAAUGUGUUGCGUUUUCAUAUUAUUGUACAGUCUACUUUAGCUGAAUACCUGUCAACACUUAGUGUACUUAUCAGAUGCAUAGCUGUUUUAAAUGUAAUCUGUAACCAUUAGCAGAUGCUGCAGCAUGCGGCUAUAUUGGAUAUCCACCUGUCUCUGGCAUGUUAGGAGCCUGAAAAUCCUUUCCCAGCUGAGAAAGUGUGAGCGUAUGCAAGAGCAAUUUCAAAAUGUUUCUGCCUCUCGACAUAAAUCUCAGUUUUACUUUAAGGAACCUUGAAUGUUCCCAUGAAUGCAUCUGUCAGUGAAAUCUACACAGGACCAAGUUAUCUCAUCAAAUGGCUACAACUUUCCUGAUGCUAUUGUAAACAUCCACAAAAGAUAGGUGGCACAGCCAGCAGGUAAAACCCAAGGAUGAAAUGAAAUAAUGUGCUUUGGUAGAACCAGAAAGAUGGAAAGCAGGGCUGAGGAAGAAAAAAAGGGAAAGGAAAGAGGCUUGUGUAUUUAAAACAUUGUAGUCUGGACUUGGCUCAGCAUGUUGGUCUGUAACAUGUAGUCAGCCUUUAAUUUAAUAACUACAGUGGUACCUCUACUUACAAAUGCGAUCCAUUUCGGGGUGCCGUUUGCACCCCGAAAAGUCUGUAAGUAGAGUGCCACUACUGCACGUGCGCGAAGCACGAUAGAGUGCUUCUGCGCAUGCGCAAAGCGUGCAAAUCGUUUCUGAGCAUGUGCGCGGGGCGAACCCGGAAGUAAACACUUCCGGGUUUGCCACAUUCGUAACCAGAAAGCAAACGUAACACAAGGUAUGACUGUAAAUUGUAUGCUUAUUUAGAAGCAAGAGUGUGGUAGAAAUAUCUUAACCUAUUUUUACAGUAACUGUAAUCUAUACUACUCUUAAUUUACAUCCAUUUAGCAAAAUGAUUAUCUUUUAUGCAUAUUCUCACAUAUGGAAGAGAAACAUAACCUACGGUAGUUUUUACCCAAUAGUUGCAUUCCCAGUUGCAAUGUACCUUAACUCAGAACAUUAUGAUUAAGUGAGGAAAUGUAAUAAAAUCAUAAUCUACUUCUGCAUCUCCAUUUAUAAUUGCAUAAAGACAGAGCUAUUUCACAUAAGCUCUGUUUAAAUAUGCUUAAGCAUACACCCAGCAACUGAAUUCAGUAUAUGUUAACUGAAUUCAAUAUAUAUUAUCAGUUAAUCAUUGAACUGUGACAUUUCACUUGAGUUUCAGAGUAAUAUAUCUCUUCUUAAUAGCAGGUAAGUUGAUAUCAAACAGAUUUUGGUUUGGAAUGGAAUUGCAGAGCAUGCGAGGUGAUCUGUCUGUUGCUUUUCUGGUUGUAAAUAUUCAUGGAAGUAAGGUGAAAGAGCUGUUAAUUGGCCAAUGCACCAGUAAACCAGCAGUUAACAUGGCAAAGUUGUAUUUUGCAUUUCCUCCAUCUUAUAUGUCAACUCUGUAUGUUAUACUAGAGCAAUGAGUUCAGAGAGUGCUACUAGCCUGGCAACAGACCCCAUUAGUGUUUUAACAAAGUGGCCAUUGCACAAAGGGGUUGUAUUUCCCAGGAAUAAAGACUGAAGGAGACAUUUGUAUACCUUUCAGCACUAUGCUUAUGGUAUCUCAAUAAACAUCAAGGCAUCUACGUCCAAGCAAACCUGCGCACAUGAUAUGUAGCAAUAGUCUCAUAAUGGGAUUGCAGCUGUCAGGCAGCUUAGCAGGAAUGAUUUGCCACAUUUGCCUUUAACAGGCUACUGAAGUAUUGACAGCGCAGUUGCUUUGUGUCCCGUCACAGCUACACAUACCAUGAGGCGUAAGGAUUGAAAAUAUACCAAGGUGCUGUCUUUAUUAUUAGUCUAUUUAGUACUUUGAAUCCAAAGUGCUAUUUUGUUCUGUGCCUCCUCUGUGCUUGGCACUUCAAUUUUUACAAAUCAGAGAUCUGAACAGCUUGCUCCUAUGCAUGUUUACUUCAGCCGCACUUUGCCCAAUGAAAUUGACUUCCAGCUUGCAAUUGUGUAUGUUCAUAUGAGUCUAGCUCCAGUGGCAGUCUUUUUGAAGCCACCCAGAAUCUCCCAUAUGAAUUUGGCCUCUGUCUUAUAUUCUUCCUACUGAAUCUUCCUACUGAAUCAGUCUUAAAGUGGCACCACAGAAGCUGCCCUUGUGUAUUCUGCAGCCCUGAUCAUGCAGCAUUCCAGAACAUGUUUCUACACUGUCUUUUCUCAGUGUGUGGAUGUUUGGGUCAGGGCCAGGAAGAUUUGGGACAUCACGAAUGACCCCAAAGGCACAACCCUGCUUCCUCUUAAUCAUGUGGAGUUGCCGCCAAGCAAUUAACCUAUGAAGGGGGCUACUGAUUUCAUGAUCAAACAAUCAGGUGUGUGCCUAAAUUCAGUUUGAAUUAUCAGCUUUUGGCAUGGCUAGGCUGAUUUUGCUGUACCCAGCACUGGAAGCCAAUUUGCUAGUAGGUUUUGAUAGGGUCUGGAGAAGCAAAAUGAACACCUUUAAUAUGACAUUGUGCAUAACAACACUUUUAUCAAAUCACCAUCUCCAAAAUAAUAAGAGAUUUGCACCUUUAAUGAUGCUCUGUUGCUUCAUUAACAGAUAGCACUUUGUCUUCUCUGGGGAAGGAAUAAAUCCUUAUACUUGUGUUGAGAAAAAUGAGAAAGAGAGAAAGAUCAGCAUGAAGGUGUUAUGAGGACAUGGAUAUCCUCCUCCUAAUCCACAGCGAUUAGUGGCAUAUCUGCAUUGAUGCUACUUUGCAUAAGAAUAUCCUUUUGCCCUUGACUUUAUCACAGGCUAAACUUAAUGGGCCAGGAGCUUUCAUUCAUUUCAAACUAGGUUACAUCCAAGAUGAAUUUGGCUCUCAAAUACAAGACUGAGUGGUUGGUAAUAACAUAAAAAACCUGUAAUCAGGAGGACUUAACCAUUCUAUCCUAGCAGUCAGCAACCUCCAGCUACUGUAGCGACAUUGCAUCAAAUAACUAUGAAAUCCUACGGGGGUGGGGAGAGUCUUGUUUUCAUCAUAAAUACUGUUCUCAAAUUAGUAUUUAAUGGAUUUGCACAGAGUUUGGUAGCUGCAGCUUGCAAUACUAACUUUUGUAGUGCUUUGGUUAAAUUGGUAAUCAGCCUAAAAACGUUUUAGGACUGACACUUUUUGUGUCUUAGAGGAGUGAAUGAAAACUGUAUAUAGGUGUCUUUUUCUGAUGUAAUAGGCCUUUCUCUGAGUCUCCUUCCUGUCAGAGAUGAUGUGGGCGGUGUUUGCAGAGAGUGCCUUGUCAGUCGUGGUGCCCUGGUCUGGAGCUCAUGUCCUAUCUAGCACCAGCUGAAGGUUACUUUGAUCAGUGGUGAGAACCACUGAUUUGGACAAACCAUGCCUAUUUUUCCUGGGCCUGACAUUAUAUAUCACAUCAGGCAUAGACAAGUUCAAGCUGUGGCUAAAAGAUGAAGAGUGGAAAGUAAACUUCGAAUGCAAACCUUUGCAGCAAAAAUGGACACCUUUUGAUUUGGCAUCAACUUUUGACUGUAAAAGAAGAAUUGGGAGGGCAUUUUGAGUGUACUCCUGAUUCUUCCCUUACAUUCCCUACCUUGAAUUGAAAGGUUCUUCCUUUGCAGAGGCAGCUUCAGUUUAAGUGGUGCCUGCAAAAGGGGGAAAAAUGAUCACUUGACGGCACAUUUAUUGUGUGCUCCUUAUUCUUUCCUUUGAAAUACAAGUACUAUCUCCUGGUGUCAUGGUGUCAUCAGGUGAUUGGCAGAAUGGCAGCUGGGAGGGCCUGUCCAGUUGUCAAAGUGGAGGUGGGUUAGUUCAACAUCCGUCCUGCUGGCUGGAUCUAGUUUUCCAUCUGUCAUUUAGAUUGACUCACUUAAUUCUGACCUUACGAUGAAAUUCUAGCUGCUUUGCUUCCUUGUGUGGCUUACUUGGUUUUAUAAUUAUUUUAAAUCAUCCUUUGUAUAGUGCCCUGAGUAAACAUUCUCAACAUCAAUCAAAUAAAUAAUAAAUAAAAGCUCCACAUGUUCCUAUCAGAAUCCUACACAGGCAAGAGAAGGAGUCAGGCUGAAAAGGCAAGCAGACUCAGUUCUCUGAGCCCACCCCUGCUUCUGCCUCUCUUGGCUUGGCUCUGUCCCUGCCUUGUCACAGGUCAGCUAGAACUGACCCUUCUUGCUUCAGUCAGAUUUACUCUACUAUAGCCUGUGAAGAGCAGCAGGGAGCCUAAACCUGUGUCAACCCAAUCACGGCCAUGGUGGAUGAUCUGCACCUAGAGAUGGCUGGGCAAAACUAUAUCCUGCUCUAUUAUUAGUUCUUGCAAAAGCUUUUGUUGCCAGUGACAAUGAGGUGUUUGUUACUAUGGGAUUAGCUGGUGCUUCGGGACCUAUCUCUGUUGUAUAUAUGCCUGGCAAGGACAAGCCAUUACUGCAUCUUCAUGUCUGAAAAAGCUAAAGGAGAUGGAUUUCUCCAGGUCGUACAACAGGGGUCAGCAAACUUUUUCAGCAGGAGGUCGGUCCACUGUCCCUCAGACCUUGUGGGGGACUGGACUACAUUUUUUUGGGAUGGGGAUGAACGAAUUCCUAUGCCCCACAAAUAACCCAGAGAUACAUUUUAAAUAAAAGCACACAUUCUACUCAUGUAAAAACACCAGGCAAGCCCCACAAAUAAGCCAGAGAUGCAUUUUAAAUAAAAGGACACAUUCUACUCAUGUAAAAACACCAGGCAAGCCCCACAAAUAAGCCAGAGAUGCAUUUUAAAUAAAAGGACACAUUCUACUCAUGUAAGAACACGCUGAUUCCGGACCGUCCGCAGGCCAGAUUUCUAAGGCAAUUGGGCCGGAUCUGGCCUCCAGACCUUAGUUUGCCUACCCAUGUCAUACAAUGACAAAAGGCACAGAACCUUUGUCCAAAAAGGGGGGGGGGACAAACCCAUCAUAGGGAAAAUCUUGUUCUAGCCCCACAUCAUUGCAGUGUGUAUAUGAUGCACAUUAUUCCCAUGUACAGGCAGCUCCCCAUUUGUGCAGAGGUUGCAUUCUGGGUCAUUGCACAUGUCAGUGGUCAUGCAUAAGUCCAUUCUGGCCCCAUUCCAUUCAGGGGCAAAAAGCAGCACACGCAAAAGUGGUUGUGUGUACAUUGGUUGCAUGCAAAGUGAUCAUUCCCUGUAAACAUAAUGCCAGUCAUUUCAAUGUGUACAUUAUGCAAAUUGUCAAAAUGCUCAAAAUUGGGCAUGGAUUCAAAGUUUGGUACCAUCGAUGCAUUGAUGACAGCCUUUAAUGAACACCCUUCUCAUCCGAAUCAGGCCCUGAAGCCACUCUGCUUACUCAGUGCCUUUUUAUGGUUGGCAGCUAAUGGGACAACUAAGGUGGUAUGUACACAAUACUGAGCCAAUGGAAAUUGUUGUUUUGUAUGAGGGAUCAGUGUACUUACUAUUGCUGAGAUGCAGCCCUUUCUGGUCACUUAGGUUCAUAGACUUGGUUCAGAGAACUUUCCAAAUGGGGUUUUUGUUCUCUAGAAGCCCCAACACUAAAAUCAAAUCCCAGAAUUCGAAAGUGGCACAGCAGCACUUUGUGGUCAGCAAUCCCUCUGUUUACACAAACUUAGCAUAACAUAUCUUGGACUUAUUUUCCUAAAAUCUGGCAAUUUUAGAAAAAUAAGCCUGAGAUAUAGAAUUAUUGAUGGUUUGCAAGAAGGCACUACGCAAAGAGCUCAACUCCAUAAGGCCCUUAUAAAUUACGUGAACCUAACCAUGUCUCUUGACUGAGAGUUUGCCAAUUGAUGCUAAAGUACAGUCUGUAAUGCAUUUCACAGUAGGUAAAACUGUGUGGAAUACAAUGCCAUUUCUGUCUUAGAGUUUACAUAAAGCUCCUAUGUUUAUAUAAACAUAUGACAAACAUACUAUUCUGCUCCCAUAUAAGAUUUGGAAAGUCAAACAAAGAAGCUCUGUUUUGCCUUCAUGACACAAAAGAUAUUGUCCAUAACCCCUUUUAGCUUACCAGCUUCUUUCAAACAACUAUAACUUCCCAGAUGUACUUUGCAUUUUGAAGGCCUUGUUGACAUACUGCUAGGGUAAUAUGUCAUGCAUCAUGGAUCUUGGCUGGGUUCCUAAAGGCGUUUCAUCAAGGGAAGAUGACACUGAACCUCAUGGAUUCUACUGCCCUUUUCUGCAUUUAUAUAUUUAGAAAAAGCUGCACUGCAUAUUCAGCUCUUUUGAAAACACAUACACUGUAGUCCCUUUGCCAAAAGAACAUACGUAUCUGUCAGAAUUUAAACCUUUGAAAUAGUGCUUUCCUAUUUUCUUUCUUGACAUGCAUUUCCUUGGUUCUUCCAUGGCUAUUUGUGCUAAGGUAGUGGGAAUGAGGGCUGUCGAGAGCUGCCAUGGCUUUUACUUGGUGAUUUAAAGAUGAGGGACAGUCACUCAUCUUCUUGCAUCAGGACAAACUUCCAUCUUCCUAAAAACAUCAUGACUAGAAAAAGUCUCAAAUAUAGGUUCCAAAGAACUAAGUGAAUACCUAGUUUGGUCCUAUUUGCUGUCUUUCUUAGGGGGAGUUGGGGGCAAGUUCCUUUAGGAGGCAACUGGCUCAGCAGUCUUUUGUAAGGGUGGACAAGGAAAUAGAAUUAUUUAAUAUUAUUUUAUUAUUUUAUUUCUACUUGAUUUCAUUUUUAAAAAAAAGUUAUUUCAUUUUCCAUUUGCCUGAACUGCAUUCAUGUUGCUUUUGUUUUUCAUGGGUUAUUAGUUCAUUUGUUUUUGUUUUUCAUUCAUUUUCUCUCCUAUUUAUUUCAACAGGAGACCCAGCCAGUCUGAUGUUGCCUAGAACUUUGGUGUUUUCCAUCCAAAUGUCAUGAAAUUUGAAGCCAUUCCCGCAUCAGACCUCCACAUUUCAGACAGAUGGGACAACAUACCUCCAUUUUAUAAGCCCCAAUUUAUAUCUGACAAUUUCAUUGCACUUUCUCUUCCUCCAUCCCUAAGAACUCCUUGUGAGCUGAACACAAAGCUCUAGCCAAGGUAAAGCCAUGCAACUAGAAACAAAUGACUUGAAAUUAAGCAAACUGUCAUUUUCAUUUCAUUCAUUUUAAUUCCCAUUUGUUUCCACUAUAAAAGCAACUGAAACAAAUGGGGCUUCUUUUCAUUUUUCAUUCAUUCUUUUUUUUUUAAUGAAUGCAACCUCUAGACCCUUGCAGUGAAAUGCACAUUCUAAUGCAAAAUAGUAUUGGUUUUGGUUGUCUUGACAAUAAGGGUGUACUCCUUGUUCCUACAGCAGCACGUUAGCUGCCUACCUAAACCUGCACCCAAAACAUAAAGAUGAAAUCGCAGUUCUACUAUGUGUCAAAUAAAAAUUGUGAUUAGACUGCAGUAGGCCAAGCACUUGGUCCGUGUUGCAGCCAAGGUCAGGCUAUGACUGCCAUGACUCUCCAAAGGUCCUCUUUAUGCCUGGUGCUGCCACCACCACCCCUUUAACACAGAUGUCAGUGUUUGAACUUGGGCCUUUCUGCAUGCAAAGGAUCUGCCCUGCCCCAGAGCUAUGGCCCCUACCAUCGCCAAAGUCACUGUCAAGAAGCAAUGCUAGGGAUGUCUGAAACACUGUGUCAAGGUCUAUAGAAUUUAAUCCCAGCUCAUUUACAGUAACCGUUCCAAGUCUUUAAUUUGAAAAGGAUGACUAACAGAUUUCCAACGAGUCUUUUUUGGAGGGGCCAGCACUGCAGAAACUUGGUUUUAAUUUAAAGGAUGCCCCUGUCAAUGCAAAGUGGCUGUUAAUUACUCUCCAUAUUUUAUUCAUGGUCCCUUUAGAGACUCUUUAUAUGAAGGCAAUCUAAAGACAACAUAAAUGAGAACCUUGCAUAGCAUUUUUUCAUAAGCUGCGGUGUUUUCUCCUGUCAUUUCAGCAUUGCAAAUCUUUUGGAUCUCAAGCGUGCAUAGGAAUGCCUGUAGCGAGAAGAGGAACCGAGUCAAUUAUAAAUAAAUAUAGGCAGCUGGGAGCAUUUUUCGAUAAGCAACAAUAAUUUUAAGAAAUCUCUCCUGCCACAACGUCCCCUUUUAUUUUAUUUUGUCUUUCUGUCUUCUGUUUCCUUGUUUGGAGGUGAGCAGGGUGGUGGUGGUAAUAUAUGAACCUGAAUUACAUCUUGUAGAUGCUAGUUGUGGGUAACUGGCAAUGUUAUUUGUUAAGUGUGGGAGAGGUAAUAUUAGGAAUGGGUGGAUCAGUUUGGCGCUUGAUUUGUAUUUUUUAUUUGUAUUAAAAACUAAUAAUUUUAUGCAAGAGAUGCUAUAUGUGCAUAAACAUAUACCACCCAGAACACAGAGAGACAUAUUUUUUUAAAACAAUAAUAAUGGUUGAGGUUAUUUAUUCAUGAGCUACCUCUUUGCCUCCAGCAACAUACAAAAAUUGAAGAUCAGGGUAAUUUCUACAACAGUGUGAUAGAAAUAUACCUGCAUGGUACAUAAAUGAAGGAUUCAUCUAGAGCAGUGGGUCUAGAGCAGGUAUGGUCAUGAGGCCAUACCAGGUUGGUUGCAGCAAAGCUAUUGCAGCCAUGUUGGAUUCCAGCUUAGGCUGACCAGACCACAGGAGCACUACAUGCAUGUCAGGACUAGGAAACACUCUUCUGAUGAGAUGCUUAUGUUAUCCAUUUUCACAAGUGCCGCAAUGUGGCAGGAGAAAGGUGUGAGACAUUUUUAAUACUGUGCAUAUUGUUGGCUAACCACAAUAUGCUUUUCUAGCACUAUUAACUAUAAAUCAAAAGUGUAAAUGUGACUGUAGGUUUCAUGUUGCAGCUUGGGAGUCAGAGACCUCACUCCUGUCCGUAACCAUGCUGCAGCAUUCGGCACUAACCAAAUAACUCUAUUCAAAGCAGAUUUCAGAGUUUUCAUUUCUUCCUUGUCUUUCAUCUGCAUGUUAAUUAGCCAGUUGUUAGCUUGAAAAAUUCAAGCAUACUCUGGUAAAUUGCCUCAUGUAGGAUAAGAACUAGCAUAGUGUAAUGGUUACAGGUUUGACAGUGGAAAGCUGCUUUGAAAUCUUCACAUAGCAUGAAAUUCACUGGGUGACCCUAUACCAGUUCCUCACCAUCUCACAACAUAACUAAUUCCAUUGUGAUGGAAGGGCUGAAGACACCAGGCGUGGCCAGUUUUGGUGUCAUUAACCAACAUGAACAAUGGUCAGGAAUGAUGGGAGCUGUCCAUAAUAGCUGGGUAGCACUAUGUGGGCUAUUGCUGAUAUCUUCCCUCCCUAGUUAAAGGACAAUAUUUAUUUGCAGUUUGAGCUUUCUUUGCCUACUCUGAAUAGAGGCAGAACUGUGCUGCUAAGAAUUUCUUUAGGCAAAACUAAGAGUUUUUUGUAAUUCUUAGGGGAAAGUUUGGAAAGCCAGUUAAAUUAAAUAAAGAUGGUGUUCAUAGACUUGGGACAGUUCUUCUACAGAGCGGUGUAGCUGCCCUAAGAACAUUUACUUAUCUGGGCAUAAAUAAAGGAUGAUUGUGGGAAAUUAGAAUGUUUUGGAAACCUACGCAUUACUCAUGAAGAUUAAUUACAGAGCCUUCUCCCAUUGAACUUAGUGCAAAAAGAUCCCGUUGACGCUUAGCAAGCAGACUGUGCCCACAGUUGGCUUUGUUUGUCUUGUAAUGUCAAAUAAUCUUUCAGACACUCCAUCGACCUAGAAUAUUCCAGCCAUCAUUUAUUCAUCUCUCUUGGCUAGACUCAACAGAAUCUUCCUGUGAGUGUAGUUGGCCAAUAUUUUGGAAGACGAUCUCCUUGGGGCAUG